UCAAAGCACUUUGUCUCCAUCACCAGGAGGAAGCAUGUGAGAUGUGGAAAGGGAUUUUGAUUUAUACCACAGAUUGUGACAUCAUUUUGCAUUAAAUGUUGGUACUCUGCACACAAAUAUUACUUCAAGAGCAUGAGAAUCAAUCGGUGUAAUUGACAAAAAGGAUUUCCACGCACGUGACUUUUUCUACGUUUGGAGUGACACACGGUAGAGAUGGUACAGUUACGGACUCCAGACAUCCCCACAGCGUAGCCAGAGCAGUGGUGGCAACAUGGACUUGGAGUUUUGACAAAGGAAUUACAAACCAGGAACAACAGUUGGUGGAACUGGAGUGGUUACUGAUUGUACGCAUACACGAUGGUGGAUCAUACUGGUUUGAGGUGUAAAUCUCUGGGUCCUGGACUGAUGUGAAUCACGAUCAAAAUACUUACCUUCAAAUCUACACAUCAUACAUCUACAAAUGUCAACUAGCCCUGCAUUGAUUUCAUGGAUAAUCCUUGUCAUUGGUUUUCUGCAAAUUACUGGGACUUUGUCCAGCCCUGUGUUGCAGUCAGGUUUGCGGGGGGACACUUUAGGGAUUAAUGGGGGCAGUGAAGGUCAUGCUGCUCUGCCCUCGAGUCAGCACCAUACACAACUCCACGAACAAACGGAGACAGAACACGAACAGCCUCAACUACCUGAACACGAGUCAGAUCCUUUAAGUGAACACGAUUCACCAGAGGAAGCACACAGGGAGCCACACGAAGACCAACAAGGCGAACCACACGGGGAACCAGAUGAGGACACACAGGAAGGACUUGACAGGGGGUCCAGACAUUUACCCGACCCAGACAGGAACAUUUCUUCUGUAGAAAAUAUAGAUGGAACUGACGUGACAGAAGGUCUCGGUAUAGAUGAUGGUGGUGACAUCCCCGAUGAGCAACAACAGAUUGGGGGGGACUCGGAGGGGACAGAUGUACAUCAUCAGCUCCUCCCCGAGGAGUCGGGUCACGAGGAACCUGAACCAGAGCAUGGUGAGCAUAUAAGUUUCCUCCCCGACAAUCCUGAUCCACUUCCUGUAGAGUCUGGAGACAGGCAUGGUGAAGAGACAUUUCCCGAGGAUCAUCUUUCCUCAGAUUCUCCCGAUUCUGAACCGUUUCACGCUGUAUCUGAUGGCCCCAUCAUCAGACCCCUUCCCACUGUACCAGCUGAGCAUCCAGACGGGCAACAACAUUCUGGUUCACAAGUUCAGCAAGGAGAAGGGUUUAGUAAUGUCACAAGUAAUGAGAAUGGUACCGACAUGUCCUGGAAUGACAAAGUGGAACUGUCAACUAAAGGUGUUUCUGACCAGCAGAACCAGACGGUCAGUGCUGCAGUGACCACAAAGAGUCCAGAGACUGAAAUUGUAUCUAGUAACAGUAUUGUCCAGGAGGAACAAACUGCAAUGACAGUAAUUAGUACGGUUUUAUCUUCUCCAUAUUCCAUCACUCCUACACCUUCUAUAACAAUGGAUGUUUCUAUAUUGGAGAGCAGUGUGGCCUUUCGGCCGUUACCAGAGAUGGUCAGCAAUACUGCCGCUACAUUUACAAAUAUCGCUACAGUGACAGAGACUAUAGUGCUAGCAAGUAAUGUAGCAGUAGUAAAAGGCACCAUCACCUCAUUACCUGGAGACGAUAUACAAACAGUAACCCAGUUUAUUUCAGCUACACCAUAUCCAAGUGUUCAGCCUUCCUACAGUGUACAUACGCCGAGUUUGAUAGACCAUGGAUCUGAUAAUGAAUUCAGCACUGGUAGUGAAAAGGAAAUGUCCACAAUCUCUACUUACAUUCCAGACUCAAGUACAAGUACCACAGAUCCGUCUUCUUCCCAAUAUCACCUUUAUGAUUCCAGUGCGAGGACAGCCUCUCCGGAUAUAUCUCCAUCGUCCUCAUACAGAGAGCCAGUUACUUCCUAUGUUACAGAUCAACCCAACCUCAAUCCCUCCCUUAACCCUGUGAAUUCUGUAACGCGAACCCACUCUCCUACAGUUGAGAGCCUUCCCUUGGCCUCUCAAGGUCUAGUCAUCCACGAUAAUGACGGCCAGCAGCAGACAAACACAAGAUCGUCGACCACACAGGACACGUCAACCUUUACUGGUUAUAACACCCAGUCUUUAGUCACAGCCCCUACCACAGAAUCCUACAUAAGUGAUAACAACACUACAACCUUAUCAACAAUACCUCCUGAAGGAAAUUCUUCCGUUCAUCCAACAUAUCCUGAAACAUCAUACAGGCCUGUGACAAGAGUGUCCAACCGUACCAAUAUAACAUUUAAUCUUCCUUCAACAGGUGGAUCAGUCACUCCGAGGACGCCAUCAGUGUUCAGUAAUACAACGGUAGCAAAAACAACUCGCCAUUAUUCGGAAAUUGCCACUUCUUUUUUGACUACAAAAAAAGCUGAUCGAACUUCAACAAAAGCACAGGAAAAAACUUCAAGGGCGACAUCAGUUACAAACGUGACUUUUCCUAGGAGCACAGUGCCUCGUCCGACAAGUACUGCUGGUACUGUUAAAAUCCCUAGUACCUCUCACAAACACAUCCAUGUGAGCACCACCAUGCCUUCCGUCUUCAUCAGCAUUCGAGUUCAAAUGACCUUGACUGAAUUUUGUUCUCAAAAAGAAACUUUCAUCACAGAACUGGUGGAAAUAGUUGAAGAUCACCAGCAGAUAGAAAUACAACAACAGCAGGUAGUACUUCUUAAUAUUCACCCCAAAAUGUGUGACAAACUCGCUGAACCUUUUACGGAUGAUGAUGACUUUGAAGAGGAGACGGUCAAGGUCGAGUUGUAUUUCAAGGACACAGAAGGUAAAGCUGAUGAACAAAUGACAAAAGUUGUCAGCGAGAUCAUCAAGCCAGGAUUUGAUGCCCAAUCCGAAUCUCAAUUUAAAGAGAAGUUGACAGAUGUGAAGCUCAUACAUCCAAACGAGUUUGUGAGCCACGUUACUGAUCCUCCUAAUCGACCCGCCGUGUCCAAGCCAAAGUUGGAGACAGGGAUCAUGAUCGUCAUAGUGAUAGCCUCUGUAGGGGGCUUCUGUUGUGUGUGUCUUCUUCUUCUCCAGAUCAUCAUUCACCGUCGUCAGAGUGGUAAGAGGAUGAAGUCGUUCAAUGGAGGGUCGGGCAUAUCUAAUGUCCCCAGUAUGGACUCAAUAGCCCUGGGAGUGGUGCCCAAAUCUAGGCCCAGCAGUGGUUUCUGGAACCCUGGUCUAGAGCUACAGAAUGAAACAUCAGAUCCCAUGAAUUUGCUGAAUUUCACAUCUUUGUCAAACUUUGCUAUGAAUCCUGAUGCACAGAAAAGAGAAUUUGAGGUCCUGCCCAUAGAAAUGCCAAAACUGUCCUCUGUACCCGUCGGAGCUGAAUACAAAAACAGGUUUGCUAAUGUGAUUCCUUUUCCACAUAGUCGAGUCAAGCUUAAGAAAAUACCUGAAGAAGAUAACUCAGAUUACAUCAAUGCCAAUUAUGUCUCGGGUUACAAACAUGCCUACAAGACGUACAUCGCCACCCAGGCCCCGUUACACAAGACUGUGAGAGACUUCUGGAGGAUGGUUUGGGAACAACAAUCACGGGUCAUACUAAUGCUCGCUCCCAUGCAACAAAAUGGACAGCCCAGCUAUGAGCCGUACUGGCCCGACACAGAAGGUAUGGACGCCUGUCUACAGUUUGGGGACAUCACAUUAGUGCUGAAGAAGAAGGACGUCCAGCAGGAGUACACCACAUACAUACUUCAGCUCAAGGACAUUGAGAACAAUUUGAUCCGUGAGAUACAUCAUUUCUGGUACACCUCCUGGCCUAGAGAUGGAACACCAGAGCCUAUAUCACUGGUCAAGUUUAUCCUGGACACUCGUCCACACUUUGAAGAUAGUGGGGCACCGGUUGUCAUCCAUUGCGGUCCUGGUACUGGGAGGACUGGCACGCUGAUAGCUAUAGACAUCUGUAUGAGGUCGUUUGAGGACAGACGCAAGGUGGACGUCCUCAACUGUGUACAUUGUAUAAGAGGGGAGAGGGCUGGUGCUGUACAGACCAAGGAACAGUAUCAUCUCAUCUAUAGUGCCAUACAUGAAUAUGCCACGAUUGUGACCAGUCCCAAGGUAUCCAUAUCCUCCACCGCCGAGGCCUUACACAACAUGCUGUGAUCUUAGUUCAUCACCUUCAUUGUGAGAACCACAUGACCUUUGUUAACCAAUGAGAUGGGAUCUCAUGAUAGGAAUCAUCAUGAUGAACUAAGACUGGGUAUAAUUGUGUUAAAUAUGAACUUCCAUUCUGUUUGUGAUAUCUAAUUAAAUGAUGUAUGUAUAAUAUGUUUUGUGAUAUGAUACCAACAGUCACUCUAUUUGUACCUGACUGUUGAUAUUCAUUUUAUUACAUUCCCUGUUGAAACAAUGUUGAUAAACUUUUAUUUUUUAAAGAGUAAAAAUUUACUGCUUAUUUCACUGAUGUCUCAAAGACUGAACUUUCAGUUUUUUUAUGAAUAUUCAACAGAAUAUCAAGCUUCUACUCACGCCCCAGGCAGGAAAGCUACACACACUGUAACUGAGGUCAAAUUUGAAAAUAUUUCUCUAUUUACCAAGUACAAGCCUCAUUGCCUUGUAUGUUAUCUUUGUUCACUUUGUACCCAUUUCUUCAUUAGCUGGUAGUUGUAGAGAAAGAAUACUGUCAAACCUGCUUGUGCAACCACACACAUUAAAAGACCUUUUGUGUCGAGACCAAUUCCAAUGCUCCCCUGUCGAGUGAUUUCAUCGUGAACUGAACCUGUAUUAAGAUACCAACCGGGUUUAGAGAUUAGGGCAGUUUCUUAAUGCAUCAUGGUACCAUGUAUUUCAAUAUAUGUAAUACAAUAUAUACUGUUUAUCAGAUGUAUGUCUUUUUCAAUUUCUAUCAAAUAUAUUUUGUUUUCCUAGGACGAUUCAACAAGAGUAAUCAAAGGUGGGUUAGUUUGAGUUCUGUUGAAUUGUCAUUGAAUAAUUACCAGUACAGAAAAGACAGCGAGACCUAGAAAAGACAGUAAAUACAUUAAAUGAAUACAUUUUUUACAGUGUUUUGAUAUAAUACUCUACUUGUCCGGCAAUAAGCCCAGGCCUGAUAAUAAGCCCAUCAAGAUUUAUUGUAUUUCAGUAGAAAUGCAAACAUUUGUUAUGUUAUUUUAUGAUUAUAUAAUACAUGUAAUAAGGCCCCCUCCCCUUUUAGUCAGAGAUUGUUUGUUGGUCCCCUAGGCUUAUUGGAGGAUAAAACUAGCUAUGGAUAAUGUGGCCUAUUGACUUGUAUAUAUAUAUACAUGUAUCUGACUGAAACCAUAAGGCUAGUUACUAGCCUCAUUAAAACUUGUAAAGUUGCAACCUUAGUUAUAUUAUAUACCAUCAAGUUCUGCAGACAUUUUGUCGGUGUGUUGCAAGUCCUUGUUAAUAAUGGGAUUCAAUGAUAAACAUGGUAGUGUGUCAGACAUACACUGUCAGCACAUUCUGAUACUGAGCUGUGUGUCAUUUCCAUCCAAUCAUUUGUUUCUGUUUCGAAAUGAUUCAAAAGAUAAACUCAAUAGGUCAAUGUAUGUGCGACAAACCUUGUGCUCUAAAAUUUCACUUGAAAAUUUGAUCUGAGAGGGAAAUAUUAUACAACUCAAGUAAGGUUUUAACUUUUGAAAUAACAAGGAAACUGUGACCCUUUGAUAUUCAGUAUUGCAGGUCAAUGCCCUAACGGAACCAGUAUCCAAAGUGAGUGCCAAUUGUGCUCUAUCUUCAGAGGAGCAUCAUAAAAAAAAAAUGUUAAUUAAUCUAUCAAGAUUUAAUGAUGCCUCUCUGUAGUUUCAAUAUAAAAGUUUAAAUGUCUUCUAAAUUGUAACAAUUCAUUUAUUGAAGUGUAAUGCAGAAAGUAUUAUGGUUUAAAAUGUCGUCAAACGAUUGAUUUAUUGUAGUGCUAUAUAUUAAGUAUCAUAGCCUUUGGCUAAACAUGUAUUUUAUCCUCAAUAAAUAAAAGUUUAUUAUUAUUAUUAUUAUUAUAAAACCAUCCUCAUGUAUGUAUUUUACUAUGAACCCUUAUAGCUGACCCUGUUUAUAAUAUCACCCCCACCAAUGGAAGGCAAAGUAAGAUCAGUUCUGGGGAAGGUGAGGCGUCCUGCAACAAAAACUACAUUAUCAGAAUUUUGAACUAAAUAAACUUUUCUUGGCGUUCUUGAAAAUACCGGGUAAGAUACCUUCCACCAUUAGGUAGGGAUGUGUUUAGAUGGAGCUGCAGUGUCUUGUUACAAAGUAUUUUUAUACAAAUGAUAUUUCUUAGUUUGCAGUAUUAUAAUAUCAUGUUUAAAACAAUAGUGCAAUAAAUCCCCUCCUCAAAUAUUUAUGUAUGUUUUGAUAUAAACGAUCACCCAAUGUUAUACAAUGUAACAUAUACCAUAGUUUACCACUGAUAAGCCCAUGUCUGGUUAUAAGCCCAGCCACCUUUUUUCUCACUUUUCAUGCACAGGGGGUGCCAAGCAUUAAGCCCACCAUCCUUUCUAUCACUGCAGGUUUGUUGAUGCUGAUUAAAGAAAUAAAUCGACUUUGGAAUCCUUUGGUUUUUUGUACAUCAUCAGAUGUGUCCGUUACAAGCCGUCAGACAUGCUGUGAUAGAAGAAUGUAAUCUUUAAACUGUCAUAAUAUUCGAAUAAGCAUUCAAUUGUUGUAACGUUUUUGCAUAACUUCUGAAACAUACAUUUGGCAAUGUACCUUGUUUUGGUUAGUUUGAUUGGAUACCAAGGUCACACCAAUUUUGUUGUUAAUGAUGUUGGACCAACUGCAGAUUUCCCAAAUAAUACCCAAUUUUUCACAAGAAUAAAGCCCACCCCACACCCCAAUGUUCUGCUCAUAACCCCCAGGCUUAUCACCAGGAUAUUUCAGUAUUAUGAUGUGGGGUGGCAAUAUCAUACUGUGAUAUAGUACAGCAGAGUCCUUUUAAUGUCAAAUUGCUUAAUAUCAAUUUUUAGAUUCCAUUUAAUGUCAUCAAUUUUUAGAUUCCUUUUAAUGUCACAAUGCCUAAUAUAUAUUUCUGGUUAGUAUCAUGUUUUCCUUAUGCAUUUCCCCUCCUACCCAUUUUAUAUCGUAAUUAAUUCAGCUGUUUCAUAUGACCUCCUCUUAUUUUCAUAUUAUAGUACCAGUUUCCAGAUAUUGCAAAUAAAACAUACUUGUACAGGCUUAAAUCAAUACAAGCAAUGCUGAGUUUUCUUGUAAUUGCCCAAUGAAUGUUUGUAUUUACACCUGGGCUUGAUUUCUAUUGGAAGCAUACAGAGAAAGAAAUGUGUCACUGUUAAUGUCACAUUUCACAUUAUAUUUAAACAUAUAUUAAAUUUCCUCUGGCAAAUUAUGCAUGACAUUAAAAGGAAUGGACUGUUGAACAAUGAAAUUCCCUCCAGUAUAUAUAAACCCUUACUCUGUAAUACAAUAUUUUGUACAAAUAUUGUUAUGUAGGUUGGCAAAGUGCAAUAUUUCAAGGCUAUAAAACAAAUAUAUAUCUUUUAUUUUAUUUUUAUGUAUAUAAUUGCGUUAUGUGUAAAAAUUACUUUAAUAUGAAAGGUGCCAAUUAAACAAGUAUCAUAUUUAUCAAAUAAUAAGCCUAUGCCUGAUAAUAAGCCCACCAAUAUAUGUUAUAUUUUAAAGGAUAUGCCAGCAAAUGCUAUUUUAUUGUCCUGUAACAAGCCUGUCACUGUACUUUGAGUCAAAGAUUAUUUGUUGGCCUCCCUGGGCUUAGUGCAGGAUAUAUAUGGUAUUUCCCUGCUGGGGGAACUUUUCAGCUAAAGUCUAUAAGUGAAAGGGACCUAUAAUACUAAUCUGAUAUACAGUAAACACUCGAUAUAAUGCCCCUUGUAAGAAUUCCUCUGUAUAAUGCCAAAAUUCCUCUGGACAAAUGGUGGCAGUGUAACAAGGGUUUAUUGUAAUGUUUAAAGCUCUAAGUAGACUAAUCUAUGCCAAUAGCAGCAUAUCUUUAGUACUGUUUUGUAAUUAUUAACUUGUAUCUCAAUUCCAACAGAUACAAUAUGUUACUAAAUACUAACUACACUAACAAAAUACCAUAUAAUUAUACCUGUACAAACCAUACUCACUGAAUCAUUAACCCUUUCACCACUGUAGACUAUAAUGGACUCGUCCAGAUCAGUGCAUGGUAGAGUUCACUAAAGUUAAAUAGGGAUGAAAGGGUUAAAAGAUAAUUUAUUGGCUGCUAAUAUACAAAAUGUCUACUUAUUACACGUACUUCAUUGUAAAGUUACAUAAUUAUGCUGCAGAUAAAUAUAACUUAAAGCUGUUACAUGUACAAUUAUAUUUAGAUAUUGAUGUGUUGUCACUUCAAAACUUAAGGAUUUAGUCAUCGACUAUUUCUGGUAUAUUUUGAUGAUUUGAAAUUUAUCAUUGUCUGGUUGUAAUUAUAAUUGUCAAUGUAUAAGUAUAUGUGAUGAAUGUUUUACGUUGCCUGUUUAUGCUGAGGAUGAGCAAGGCUAAUUGAAAUAAUAAAGAACAUGAA